CUUAAGCGUGUUCUUUGACCUACAUUUAUCUGAAUGUUUGGCCUUACUAUUGAAACAGAAGUUCGGGUCACCUCGUUCAGAACAUAUUUUGCUUAAAUUAUAAAAUAUUUUCUCAAUACGUAGCAGUGUUUUAUACGGCUUAUUCGAUGAACCCAAGCAGUUUGCUUAUUAAAGAAUAACUAUUUUAUACACCAAUAAUUUCCUUUCCACUUCUGAUAAAACAUUGUUUUUCUUUACACUUGCUUCCAGUUGUAAAAAGCCAAUUAUCAAAUUAUUUAUUCAUAAAAAAACCUGCUUCUAUACAGAACACUUUGCUCAUGGAACAGAUGUACUAUAAAGUAUUCAUGGAAGAUCCAAGAGUUUGCUAUAUAAAUACAACUGGAAAAAGGUGACCGUUUGAUUUCAAGUUAUUCUAUCACAGAAGAAAGAAGCAUGCAGUAAACCAGAAACAUGACCAUCAUUCGUAGUGCAGACAAUGAACAAUUCAUUAAACUGGCUAAAGUUGCUUUGAUAUCUACUGGAGUAUGGAUCAUGCCUAUUACAGAAAAUCGGAGUGUUGCUUUUGCUUUUAAAAUUUACUCAUUAUUUAUGAAAGGCAGUUGCGUGAUGUAUUUUAGCCUGCUUUUCGCAGAAACCAUCCGGCUGAUAAUCUUUAAGUAUGACAUGGAUGUUAUACUUGCAUCUGUUGGUGUACUGUUUAACGCUGCCAAAAUAAUGCUGAAAGUGUUUAUUUAUUUGAAAUACCACAUUCUGGAGCAUUUCGAAGAUGUGAUUGAAAAAGAACGGGCCCUAUGGAACUCGGACAAUGAAGAACUGAAAGCAUUGUAUCGCACUAAAGUUCGACAUUGCAAUGUGUUUGUGAUUACUGUGUUCACCAGCUCUCUUAUGGCGGUCACUGCAUUGCAGCUUUCUGGUGCAUUUACUGCUUUUGAACUUGCUGAAUACAGUAAAGCAAACAACAUAACCAUAGAACCGCAUGUAAUGUAUCAGUCACUAUUUCCAUUCAGCAAAUUGGAUAAUCUUUAUUGGUGGCUGGCGUCGCAAGCCCUGUGGUGGUGGGUUGGACUAACUUACAAUACGAUGACUCAUGCGGUUUUUGCGAUAUUACUAAUAUACGCAGCAACUCAAUUAGAAAUAUUGCAAAUACGGCUAAGAAAUUGUAUUGAGCCGGAAUUUAGUGAAACACCCAGUCAAAUGUUGAUCAAAGAGAAGGUGUUGUUGUUGAGAAAGCUGACGCAGGAUCACAAAUAUGUUAUUGACUACGUUAAGCACUUUAACGAAUGCACGAAAUACGCAAUUCUUUUAGAAUUCCUGUUAACUUCGCUUGAUACAGCAUCAGUGUCAGUAAAUAUAAUAAAGAUGAAAGGUGCUGAACUUAGUUGGCUGCUCUCGUUUCUUGUUUUACUGGUUAUGCAAAUAUCGCUCAUUGCUUGGACAUGCAACGAAAUCCAAGUCCAAAGCAUGGCAAUUGCCGAUGCAAUUUUCGCAAGUAGAUGGUAUUGCUUGUUGGACAAAGAAGCAAUUGCGUACGUUCAUUUUAUGAUCGUUAGAGCUCAAAAACCUUUAUUGAUGACAAUUGGUCCGUUUGGUCCUAUGACUACUGCUUCUGCUCUUAUGGUUUUCAAAGCUGCUUAUUCCUAUGUCAGCAUCAUGAAGGAAUAAGUCAAUUUGCUGAAUCAACACACUUCUUUGCUUCUACUGGAAAUUUUAGCAUUUAAUCAUGGCAUUUUAAAAUGCAUUAUUUUGUUGCAAAUUUGAUAUAAUAGACUAGUACGAGCAUCCUA